UGUCCGAGUGUCCAUCUGAGUCACUCUUCUCUGAGUCACUCUCUUCGCUGUUAUUUUUGUCUACCCACCUGUUUAGCCAACAAUGGCUCCGCUCGCUCGUCAAGCUAUUCUUCUGCUCGUGGCCCUGUCCCUGGCCACGUCCGCCACUGCCGUCAUCAGUCCCUUCUGGGGCGGAGCGCAGCCUCUCGAACCGGUGGCCAAGACGCUCAUCGCGCAGUGGAACGCCGCGGCCAAGAAAAAGCCCGCGCUGCUGGUCGGCUCGUACGACCCCUCCGGUUCCGGAAACGGCAUCAAGGGCUUCUACAACGGCACCUACCUCAUCGGCGCCGCGUCCGAGCCCAUCACCACCGCUUCGGAAUCCGGGCAGGCUGCGAAGAUCACUAUUCCGGUCCUGGUGGCCGCAUACAAUUUCUUCGUGCACGGGCCCGGCACUGUCAUCCUUAGCGUCGCUGAGUCCUACAGCAUCUACAGCGGCGCCACCACCGACUGGAGCGGCGUCCCCGGCGCCAAGGGCAAGAUCACCGGCCCGAUCACCCGCUACGCGCGCUCCGACAAGGUCGGCACCACGGCGAUUAUCCAGCAGCUCUGGACCAAGGCGGGCACCGCCUACGCCGGCGGCAAGCAGGACGGCUCGCCGUUAACUUUCUCCGGGCUGCUGACGGUUGCGUCGAACACGGCCAUGUGCAAUGCGGUGGUCGCCAAGGUCGGCGCGAUCGGGUACGCGCACGUGAGCGCGUGCGCUGCGCAGGUGAAGAAAUUCGGCGCGAAGAAGCUGAUCGCGGAGACUCUCCUCAAGAACGCGCUCGGGCAGGCGCUCAAUUCCAAGACCUGGAUCGCCACCAACGCGCUCGUCGGCGCGCCGCCCGCCCCCGACGCGUCGUGGGACAGCAUCGAUCAGAUCUGGAAGGCGGUCAGCAAGGCGCCCGCUGCCGCGUCCAUGCAGUACGUGUUUGUGAAGAAGGUGCUUCCCAAGGCCGGCGGAGCUGUGGCGAAGCAGUUUCUGAUCACCGCGUUGCCCAAGUUCAAGGGCCUGGCCGGCGCGAACGGGUUCAACGUGGUGCCCCCGGCGUGGUUCAACCCGUCCAAGAACGCCGCCUCCGGCAUCACCGUGUCUGCCUCGUAGAGCGGGGGCGGGAGGCGCGCGGGGAGAGGCGCACUGCGAGGGGCGACGAGGGAAGGCGAGAGGCGCAGUACGGAGGGAGACGGAGGGAGACGAGGGGAGGGGUGAGGCGCAAGAAAGACGCGCGACGAGGGCGAGUGGUGGAGGCGGUUAGAUCGUGGUGCGUGCAUCAGGGCGUGGAUAGUUAGUAUGACCGGGGAAUAGUUGGGAGUGGUGAUGUGCGGGAAUGUGCGGGCGUUUCAGUAGGGUGUUGGAGGGGUGCAGGAAGGAAGAGGGAUGGGUAGGAGGCCGGCUCACUGCGGGAAUGUGCGGGGGAUUCAGUAGGAGGCAGGAGAGCAGGGGGUGGGGGUGCAGGAAGGAAGAGGGAUGGGUAGGAGGCUGGCUUACUUGUGAGCUUGUUUCUUUUGCCUGUCCAUAUAUAUGUAAUAUCGGACGAUUCUUGCACCAUUUU